CCAUCUGAUCGUAUCGUUUCGUGAUGUACACGAAAAUACGGUUAUCGUGAGACUCUCGCAGACAUUCGAAAAAUAAAUGAAUUUGUCCCACAGCUAGUGUGCGAUAUUGUUUGUGCUAUAAAAAAGCAAGAAGUCUAUAAAAGAGAGGGAAAAAACGUGAUUCCUUGAUAAGACUGUCGUAAAUACCUGAGGAGAGCUCUAUGGAUUGUUGUGUUGCCAAUCAAUAUGAUUGUUUACAAAUCAUCACAGAGACAUUGCCAAAUAUCUCGAGUCCAGAGAUGUUUGAUAGUGAUACUGAAAGAAAAGUGGAUAAUGAAAAUGUUAAUACAUUACUCAAUGAUAGUACAUUGGUAGCGAUUAGCCCUCAAAAGCCUUCUCAAAUAGAGUUAGUUACAAAGUCAGAUAAUAACUUGCUAGCCAGAAUUCACAAAUUUUUGAGAGGUGUGCCACCUCCACCAAGGCAUACAAUAUGUCAGAAAGAUUGUUCUGACUUUUUACAAAAUAUUUAUGAAAACCAUCAAUUUUUCUGGAUUGAAAAUCCAUUAUCAAAUGAAAGUUUGGAGGUUGCAGAAAGCCCAAAAUCUCAAAAGCAGAUAACUGCAGAGAAAGAAAUUAGGAAUAUUUCUUAUCAAUGUACAAAAGGUACUCCAAGAAAUUUGUCAAAUGCUUUUGAUAUUUGCAAUGUACCAGUUAAUUAUGCAGAAAGUAUAGAAUUAGGUACAAACAAUACUAAUGGUGAUAAUAGUAAUUUAAAUAUGCAGUAUAGUAUUCCUAUGGGAAUAAAAAAUCCAGUUAAUGCGAUUAAAGAAACAGUGAGAGUUCCACCAAUCAUAGAUAACUCAAAUGUAUCUCACGAACAAUCUCUCCUUUAUAAUACAAUUAGUGAAAAGGAGAUUAUGACUUUAAUGUGGCCUCAGGCAUAUUCUCACAAGUUCCAUGGCAUACAUUAUAAUAGAAAUAGAAGUGUAGAAGAAUUCGAAAAUUUAACGGUUAAAUUAUGCGAGAGGUAUAUAGGAGCUGAAACACAGUCAACUUGUAAUAUAUGGUUUUCGAAAAAAGCACCAGGAAGUGCAAGAAAGCGAGCUUUAUUAGCAAAACGCGCAAACGGUCAAAGUCCAGAGAAGAAGUUGUCACAUUUAGCCAGAAGACGUAGGACUUUUUGUAAAACUAACUUGCAAGGAUUAGGACUCACUGACAAAAAGCAGUUAAUGGUACAAAUAAAGAAACCUACACAUAAGAAAGGGAAAAGUCCAAGAGGUAAGAGUCCUCGAGGCAAAAGUCCGAGAAGUUCGACAAAGAAGAAAGCAGUUCGGAGAUUAAUGUUGGAUGGACCAAGUCCAUAUAAAACCAAAUUAGAGACCUCGAAACGUGCACUGUUUCAAAGCCCUCCAUCAGAUCAUGCCGGACCUAGUAAAUUAACUAUAAAUAAUUCAGAUUCUCAAAAAAUCAAACGUGUUUUAUUUGCGACACCAAGAAAGGAUGAAACUGAGAAUUUGAAACAAGCAUCAUUGAAAGAAGAAAGCAGGAAAAGAAAAUGUGAGGAGGAAUUGCAAGGACCACGAUUAAAAUGGGCUAAAAGCUUAUCUUUCGACUGCAUGCAUGAAAUAAAAAAUACCUCGAAAGUUACAUGGGACAGACACUCGUCGAGCAAUGUUCUUUCAAAAAAUAAUACAUCUUUUAAUCAAGAGAGGAAUGAACUUAGUGACUCACACAGAAAGAAAUUACUUUGGGCAGUUGCAGAGGCCUUACGAUGCAAAGGUAUUGGCAUGAAUCAUCCAAAAUUUAAACAAUAUGCCGCGAGUUUAGCACGCAUAAUAAAAAAAUUCAUGCCAGAUCUCGAAAAUAGGAAUAUUCCGCGAAAACCUGGUAGUACAACUGAUCGCAUGUUGAAAUUGGCCAAGCAUCAUGUACUAUUUCUUAUCGAUACUAGACCAAUGGAUUGACAGUACUCGUUGGUACAAUUAGUCAAAUUGGAAAAAGUUAUACAAACAUUUUUUAAUGAACAGGACAUUAUUAAAAUGACCAAUAUGAGUGCUUAUAUCUUUAUCCGCGAUGUAUGUUUAUACACACUGACUUUUAUAAAAUUUAAAUAACAUGAAAAAACAAGACGUGUUAUAAUAAUAAUAAUGUAACAUUUAAAA